GUCAGGGAUCAGCAGUGUUCAGCCGUCCAGAAGACUUCAUCCAGCCACACAGCGUCUCUGCACACUUGAACUCAAAAUGCCCGAGUACAUCACUGAACUCCAAGUGUCUUGGAAUGAAGAUGAUGAGGAGAAAUUCACUAAGGAAGGCUUCAGUAAAAUUCCUGUUAAUCUAAACAAAGGAACUGGAGGAAACACAAUCUACCUUUGGUACAAGAAAGGCACGGGCUCAGGAAUCUCCACCAUUCAAUUUUCAUUCAGCCAAGAGAUGACCAAUGGCCUGUUCGAAGCAGGGUAUACAAAGAUCCCCAAAAACCUCAAUGAGGGAGCAGGUAGAGACGAAAUCUACCUGUGGUACUCCAAAUCUGAAAAGAAUGUUCCCAUUGUGGACAUUGAUGUCACUGAAGAUGCAGAUGCUGAAGCUCAGAAGUUUAAAGAUGGCUGGGAGAGACUGGCCUGUGACCUGAACCGCAAUGCUGGAGGAAACCUGAUCUAUCUGUUCGUGAAGAGGGAGAAACAAACCUACAUCUCUGAGAUCAUGACCACUGUUGACUGCAGUGGAGAUGGGGAUAAAUUCAAGAAUGGCUACAUCCGAGUGGAUGAAAACACCAACAGGGGUGCAAAAGAGAGAGGUAGUACUACGCCUACCAUCUUCCUGUGGUACCGCCUGAGCACUUUCCCCAAGGAUGCCUACAGAGAUCUGAAAGUCUCCACCAAUCAGAGCGAAUGUGAAAUGUAUGAACAAAAGGGCUAUAAGAAGGUGGAACAGAACCUGAACGAGGGGACUGGAGGAAACAAGGUGUACCUGUGGUACAAGAAAGCCGACAGCAACAACCCCAUCAAGGCCGUCACUGUGAUCACCAACAUCCCAGGAGCUGUGGAGCCGUACCAGAGGGCCGGGGUCAAAAUCAUCCAAGAGAGCCUCAACACCGGCAACAAUGGUGUUUUCAUUUAUGUGUGUUUUAAUCAGUGAGGGUAACCGAUGUUCAUGUUAAAAUGGUUUGAUGAUGGGUUUUUCUUUCCUUUCUGUAAUGAUCUUCAAUCACUGUGAUCUCAGAGCUUUGACUCCACCAGCGAUUAUUGAUCCAAUCAAUCUGAUUCACUCUGUAUCACUUUAUUCUGAUGAUUCUGUUUCAAUA